AUAACCGUGUAAAUCAUUAUAUUUAUCCAAAUAAUUAAAAGGAUGGUAACUUAUUGAGAUAAUAAAGCCCAAUACCCAACGUACCCUUAACCUAAACUUUUUGAAUAAAAGGUCAUUUUAAGUUUAAAUUGAUUUUAUUGAAAACAAAUGCCUUCCUGAUCUGAUAUGUAAUGGAAUUAGGUAAAAGAGCAUUUUUGGCUAAAGGUGAAUAAGAACCCCCCUAUCUCCAGCGUCAAUCCUCUACACACAAUACCUUACGCCACUGUGGCCGCUGUUUGAAAUUACGUCGACAACAAGGUUACCUAUUAAAAUAUUUUUUGAAGUGGAGCUCCUAAAAAACCCCAACUCGACCCUAGAGAACUAAGCAACUACAGGCCAAUAUCGAAUCUACCUUUCAUAUCUAAAGUUCUGGAAAAAGUAGUUUCAACUCAAUUAUGCUCCUUCCUCCAAAGGAAUGACAUCAAUGAAGAAUUCCAGUCUGGAUUUAGAGCAUGUCACAGUACAGAGACUGCUUUGAUCAGAGUUACAAAUGAUCUGCUAUUGGCGUCUGACCGAGGUUGUAUCUCGUUAUUGGUGCUGCUAGACCUUAGUGCUGCAUUCGAUACCAUUGACCACAGCACACUCCUACAUAGACUCGAAAAUUAUGUCGGCAUUAAGGGAAUAGCUUUGAAAUGGUUUAAAUCUUAUUUAUCCGACCGUUUUCAAUUUGUAGCAAUAAACAAUGAGGUGUCACGCAAAUCGCAAGUCCAGUACGGUGUACCACAGGGCUCAGUCUUAGGGCCUCUGCUCUUCGCAUUAUACAUGCUACCUCUAGGAGAUAUAAUAAAGCGACACGGAGUUAGCUUUCACUGUUAUGCUGAUGAUACUCAACUUUAUAUUUCCUCGAAGCCUCAUGAAACACAGCAGUUCCAUCGAAUAAUGGAAUGCAUAGUCGAUAUAAAAAACUGGAUGAGUAACAACUUUUUAUUACUGAACUCGGACAAAACGGAAGUGUUACUUAUUGGACCGAAAACUGCUAUAAGUAACAACCAAGAAUACUGUUUAACUAUUGACGGAUGUUCCAUAAAACCCUCGUCGUCAGCAAAGAAUCUUGGCGUUCUAUUCGAUAGUAAUCUGUCAUUUGAGAGCCACGUCGCCAACACCUGUAAAAUUGCGUUUUUCCAUCUUAAGAAUAUAUCUAAACUACGUCAUAUGCUGUCAAUGUCAGAUGCAGAGAAGUUAAUUCAUGCAUUCAUGACAUCAAGACUAGACUACUGUAAUGCACUGUUAGGUGGUUGCCCUGCAGGCUUAUUACAAAAACUCCAAUUGGUCCAAAACGCGGCAGCUCGAGUUCUUACACGUACAAAAAAGUAUGAACAUAUUAGCCCGGUUCUGUCAACCUUGCACUGGUUACCUAUAAAGCAUCGCGUUAACUUUAAAAUCUUGCUUAUUACCUAUAAAGCCUUACAUGGUUUAGCUCCUCAGUACUUGAAUGAACUCCUUUUGUAUUACAGUCCUUCACGUGCAUUACGCUCUCAGGCGUCCUGUCAGUUGGUAAUACCUAGAAUUUCAAAAUCAAGUGCAGGUGGUAGAUCCUUUUCCUAUCUAGCGCCUAAACUUUGGAAUAGUCUUCCCUGCACUGUCCGGGAGGCAGACACACUCUGUCAGUUUAAAUCUAGACUAAAGACGCAUCUUUUUAAUCUUGCAUACACUACUCUUCCAUAAUAUAAAUCUUCAGAGGGUUUAGGCUGCAUUAGUUAGAUCAACCGGAACCAAAAACACAACUGAUGUACUUGUUGCAUCAAAGAGUACAGAACAGUACUCUACUCUCAGCCAGUCUUGUCUCAUUGUUCCAAGGUUACCACAGCGAGCAGGAUGCAGUUCAUGGCCUGACCUGAUGGUAGAGCGGAGAAUGGGAAGUGGGGACCUGACAAGAGCUGAGAUGAUAGAGCUGGAUAAAGAAGGACGCGGUCUCUUGACAUGUCUUCACCACAAAAUUUCAAAUGCUAUUAGAUUAUUAAUGAUAAUCUUAAACUAUAAUUUAUUUUAUUAUUAAGUUUAUUUAUUUUAUUUAGCCUUGUUGUGCAAGCUCUCUGGAGCUUGUGCAGAGGCAGCAGCUUUUGCCAGAGGGGAACUGGAAUCCCCUGGUUGGGCCUGGGUUCUCCUGAGGUUUUUUUUCUCGAUUAGAGUUUUGGGUUCCUCGCCACCGUUUGCAUACUGUUUUUGCACUAUCUGCCUGACCGGGGGGGCUGCUUUAGAAUUUUAAAGUUUUACUUAAUUAAUAUUGCAUAUAGGAAUUUAUUAUCUGUUAUAUUUGACCUGUGCUUCUCUCUCCUUUAUCCUAAAUGUGUGCUCUCACUGAGCGUGUGUGUGUGUGCGUACUUGUCUGUGUACGUACGUGUGUGUGUGUGUGUGUGUGUGUGUGUGUUUGUGUGUGUGUGUGUGUGUGUGUGUGUGUGUGUGUGUGUGUGUGUGUGUGUGUGUGUGUGUGUGUGUGUGUGUGUGUGUGUGUGUGUGUGUGUGUGUGUGUGUGUGUGUGUGUCUCUGUGUCUGUGUGUGUUGGUGCGUGUGCGUGUUGUGUGUGUGGAGUGUUUUGUGUGUGGGUGUGUCUGUCUUCUGUGUUUUCAACCUUUUCUUGUUUUUGCAGGUACAACUUUGAUUGUUUUGCUUGUAGUCAAUGUGUCUCAUGUACAGCUGCUUUGUAACAAUGAAAAUUGUAAAAGCGCUAUAUAAAUAAAGUUGAGUUGAGUUGAGUAUAGGGUCUAGUAUGCAUGUUGUUGAUUUAGAUGAUCUAAUAAUUUUAGACAGCU